GUUUUAUGAAAUACACGGAUGUAUUAAGUGUUGCGUUCUUUCAACGUAAAUAUAAUAGUUAUAACCUUACUAAAAAGAUAGGAAAUAAUGUCUAAAAAAAUUCAGGGUUUUAAAGUUUUACCGUUGCUAUUCUCUUCAACAAGUACGAGUUGCCACGAGAUUUUCAUCAAAGAACACUCUGUUAGAAUCGAUGAUGAUUCUAAACCACCAGGACAAACAUUAUUUGCUAUAAAUAUUCCUCCAAUUGCUACCGUAGAGGGUUUAAAAAACGCGUUUUCCAUAGUAGGUAAAGUAAGACGUGUACUACUAGAAAAUAAUAAAGAAAAUACAACUAACGACGGAUUUAAAAGGGCAUAUAUAAUUUUCCAUAAACGAGAACAACUUUUAAAAGUUUUAAAAUUAGAAAAGUUGAAUCCGCUUUCACCAGAUGACAAACCCGUUAAAAUAGGUCUAGAACAAUGGAUUGAGAAUUAUAAUAAUAGUAUAUGUGAUCCGAAACUAUUACAACAAGAAAUUAAUAGUUUUAUGAAGGAUUUUGAUAGUAAAGAAAGUAAAGCAAAAGCAGAGGAAGUUGUAGACGAUGAAGGAUGGACGGUAGUUACUAAAAAGGGUCGAAAACCAGGUCUUUCUAGAAAAGAAAGCGUAGCAAAGAAAUUAAACGACAAGUUGGAAAAGGGGGCGAAGAAAAAGGAGCUAAAGAAUUUUUAUACUUUCCAAAUAAGGGAAUCAAAAAUGAAGAAUAUAGCUACGUUAAGGAAAAAUUACGAAGAAGCUAAGAAGAAAGUCGAAAUGAUGAAACAAGCCCGGAGGUUCAAACCCUAUUAAAUAUUUUCAAUAUAUAAUUUUUUUUUGUAAAAUAAAAUUUUCGAUGCUAAAUAA